AUGCCUCUGCGUGGAAUCAGAACAACAACAGCAGCCAGGAACGGCGCCGGUGCCUUUAUCCUACAAUGCAAACGCCUUGACUUCCACUACUGCAACUCGGCAGGUAGCUCAAGGGGCAUGGUCGCUUUCCUGCAGAAGACCCUCCCCACCUUCGCCCGCGAAAACCCUCAGAUUGAGAUCCGUGUGUCUCCCCGACCCCAAAAGCACCCUCUGAUCAAGGGCCUCUACAUCAAUGGCCGUGAGAAGCCCGUGUGUGUACGGAAUCUUGAACCACAUGAGAUCCUGAAGAAGGCCAUCCUUCUUAAGGAAGCCAGCGGAGAGAAGUUGAAGCGAACCAAGAAGCCGAUCACAAGUUUGAACGAGAGUGUGCGUGGUAUCUGGUCACCAUAUCACGGAGAUUUGCGGGGUGUCUAG